AUGACUUUAAACGAAAAGGGAGGGAAUCCACCCGAGCCCUCGGGCAGCACAACAACUCCCGGGGUGUUUAUCGAGCAUCGAUCCGACACCUCGUUGCCUAGAGGCGCCAGCAACUCCGCGGCGGCCGACGCGCCCGAGGUCGCGCUGGGCGAUGAAGACAUCAAGCGCAUGGAGGCCAACGCCAAACUCAACAAUCCGCUCUCCGGCAUGAGCCGUGAGGAGCUCAUGGCCAUGGGGGAGGAAUUUGCUCUCAAGCACGGCCUGGACAGCGACGAGGACGUGCGGGCUUUUCGGCUCGGCGCAGUUAUCGCCGGUGACGACUUGGAGGGGCGAGUCGAUGGUGGCCUCUCGGAGCUGACGGAUCGCGAGAGGGACUUCUUGCAGAAGGAAGUCACGCACAAGUGGGCGAACCCGGGAAUGCUGUACUGGGUUGUGGCGAUCUGCUCCCUGUGCGCUGCCGUCCAGGGAAUGGACGAGACGGUCGUGAACGGCGCACAGUCUUUCUACAAGACGCAAUUUGGCAUCGCCGGCACUGGCGGUCGUGACGCGUGGCUGCUGGGGCUGACCAACUCGGCGCCGUACCUCUGCUGUGCAAUUCUUGGCUGCUGGCUAACAGCUCCCAUGAACCGGGUAUUCGGCAGGAAAGGGACAGUUUUUUGGUCCUGUGCCAUCUCUGCGGCGGCCUGUUUUUGGCAGGCUUUCACCAACACCUGGUGGCAUAUGUUUAUUGCUCGUUUUUUCCUGGGACUGGGCAUAGGACCAAAGUCGGCAACUACUCCCAUUUUUGCCGCCGAGUGUGCGCCGCCGAAGCUCCGUGGCGCUCUUGUUAUGCAGUGGCAGAUGUGGACAGCGUUUGGAAUCAUGAUAGGAUACGUGGCCGACCUCGCCUUUUACUUUGUUCCCGACCACGGCGUCGAGCUCGGCCUGAAUUGGCGCCUCAUGAUGGGAAGCGCCGGCAUCCCCGCCGUCAUCGUCUGCUGCCUGAUCCCGCUGUGUACCGAGUCUCCCCGUUGGUACCUGACCAAGGGCCGACACGCCGAUGCCUUUCGCGCCAUCUGCACGCUCCGCCACGAAAAGGUCCAGGCGGCCCGCGACCUCUUCUAUAUGCACGUUCUGCUCGAGGCGGAGCGCGAGACCAUGUCCAUGGGCACGCGCAACCAGAUCGCCGAGCUCUUUACGGUCCGCCGCAACCGCAACGCCAUGGUCGCCUCCGAGAUUGUCAUGUUUAUGCAGCAGUUCUUCAACGUUAUUGCCUACUACAGCAGUGAGGUGUUUCUCGGCGCCGGCCUGUCCGAGGUCAGCGCCCUGGCGGCCUCGCUAGGUUUCGGAGUCAUCAAUUGGCUGUUCGCCCUGCCGGCAUUUUUCACCAUCGACCGCUUCGGCCGUCGGAACCUGCUGCUAACUACAUUUCCACUCAUGUCGCUGUUUCUCUUCUUUACAGGAUUCUCCUUUUGGAUCCCAGAAGAGUCCAAAGCCCAUGUGGCCUGUAUUGCCCUUGGAAUUUACCUCUUCGGCAUGGUCUACUCGCCUGGAGAGGGCCCCGUGCCCUUCACCUACUCGGCCGAGGCCUACCCGCUCUACAUCCGGCCGCUGGGCAUGUCGCUGGCCACGGCCACGACGUGGUUCUUCAACUUCAUCCUGAGCGUCACGUGGCCAAGCAUGCUGGCCGCCUUCCAGCCGCAGGGCGCCUUUGGGUGGUACGCCGGCUGGAACAUUAUCGGCUUUUUUGCCGUGCUCUUCUUCGUGCCCGAGACCAAGGAAAAGACGCUCGAGGAGCUAGACCAAGUCUUUGGCGUCCGCUCCACGGAUCUCGUCCGCUACGGCCUCGACAGCGCAAAGUACUUUGUGUUUGGCCUCUUGCUCCGCGGCGACGUGGCCAAGCCCCGUCCGCCCCGAGCUGCCGUCGAGAUCCGUGGCGGUGAUGGACAGGCACGCUCUGGCGCGACGCCCGGGAGCAGUGAGAAGUUGGAUGCUGCUACCCGGGCUUGA